AUGUGGACUAAGUACGCGCUAUUAUUGCUCGGUUUGGCUAGCGUGGCUCACUGCUACCCUCAAGGACGUGUUGUCAAUGGCACUGCUACUACGGUGGAACAAUUUCCAUAUAUCGUAUCCCUGCGCGGUUCAACCGGCUCGCACUCCUGCGGUGCCAGCAUUAUCGCACCACGUUGGAUACUCACUGCUGCGCAUUGCGUUUCCGGCGCAACAGCUAGUCGGAUCAGCAUACAAUUCGCUUCGACAGUGCUUGAUGCCAGAAGCACGAAUGUGGCGAAGGUGAAGCGGAUCGUGGUACACGAAAACUAUUCAUCCUGGUACAUUUUAAAUGAUAUUGCCCUGUUGGAGUUGAAUGGUCAAUUGGUGUACAACUACAAAACUAUUGCGCCGGUAACGUUGCCCGAACAGGGCUAUGAGAUACCACAGGUGCCGGAGGGUGUGCCCGGUGUGUUGGCUGGUUGGGGCCGAAAUUAUACCAAUGGUCCUGUGCAGUCAACUUUGCAAGAGGUAGAUCUGAAAAUCUAUUCAGACGAGGAGUGUCUUGCGCGUCAUCAGAACGCCACCACUGUUGACAACAUUUGCGGUGGUGUAGACGUAGGUUGGAAGGGUCAAUGUAAUGGCGAUUCUGGCGGUCCACUGCUCUCUGAAGGACACGUCCAAUUGGGCAUUGUUUCAUGGAGUAUAAAACCGUGCGGUACACCGCCAUAUCCGGGUGUUUACACCAAAGUGUCGCAUUAUGUUGAUUGGAUUAAGGAGAACUGUGACUCAUCUAUGUGGUCUUCAGUCGUCAUAAUUUUCACAGCCCUAUUGGGCAUAGUAUCGUGUUACCCACAAGGACGCGUCGUAAACGGCACCUCGACCAGCAUUGAGAAUUAUCCAUUUCUGGUGUCCUUGCGUGGCUCGACCGGCUCACACUCCUGUGGUUCAAGCAUUAUAGCACCGCACUGGAUACUCACUGCUGCUCAUUGUGUCAAUAGCAGAAAUGCCAGCCAGAUAAGCAUUCAGUUUGCCUCGUCGGUAAUCAGCGCAACCAGUACAAAUGUGGCGAAGGUGAAACGCAUUAUAGUUCACGAGGAUUAUCGACCUGCGGCUGCUUAUGCCAAUGACAUUGCGCUCUUGGAAUUGUUUGGUCAGUUGGUGUUCAAUGGCAAAACAAUUGCGGCGGUCACCUUGCCUGAACAGGGCUUUGAGAUACCGCAAGUGGCAGAAGGAGCACCCGGCAUACUGGUUGGUUGGGGCCUCAACGCGACCGGUGGUUAUCUACAAAGUGUUGUUCAAGAAGUCGAUUUGAAAAUCUACUCGGAUGCUGAGUGCACUGAACGGCACAAUGGUCGCACCACCAGCGACCACAUUUGUGGCGGCGUUGACGAAGGUGGUAAGGGCCAAUGUAGUGGCGAUUCCGGUGGUCCGUUGCUAUAUCAGGGACAUAUUCAAUUGGGUAUUGUUUCGUGGAGUAUCAAACCCUGCACAGUGUACCCGUAUCCAGGAGUGUAUACCAAAGUAUCGCACUACAUCGAUUGGAUUCAAGAAAAUGUUGAUGCGGACCUUUAAAUAUACAGAAGCCGAUAAAGAAAUUUAUUGAUUUUUUUGUGAGCUGCUAUAUU